AUGGCCGGUAUCUCUGUUCAUGGUACUAUCACCAUCGACCCCAAGAACAAGGACACUUUCCUUGCUGCCUUGAAGCCUACCUUCGAUGCUAUCAAGGCCGAGCCCUUGAACCUCUUCUUCGAGAUCUCCUAUGAUGAAAAGAACGCUGGAGUUUUCAAGCUCAUUGAGAGCUGGAACUGCACCUCUGAAUACAUCAUGAGCACCCAGCUCCAAAAGGACUACUACAAGCCUUACCAUGCUGCUGUGGAGCCCCUCCUCAUUAAGCCCUUCGAGGUCCAAGUCUUCAACCGCUUGGGUGGCGAGUGGGCCAGCGUCAACGCCGCCGUCUACCCUGCCAGCUCUUAA